AUAAUAAUAUAAAUAAUAUUUCAGCCUGUAAAGGAGUGAAGCAGGUUGGAAGCGCAACUUCAGGCGAGAGAGGCAUUAAUUUUACUCUUAUUGCAUGCGUAAGUGUUAUAGGAAAUAGUGUGCCACCCUUAUAUAUAUUUCCAAGAGUUAAUUAUAAGGACUGCAUGAUUGAAGGUGCGCCUACUGGUGCCAUUGGUUCUGCUCACCCUAGCGGCUGGUCCAACAAAACAAUUUUUAUGCAGUAUCUUCACCACUUUGUUGAACAUGUGAACUGUUCUUCAAAUAAUAAGGUGCUCCUAAUCCCAGAUGAUCACGAGAGCCAUAUAAUCCUCAAGGCGAAGAAUUUUGCAAUAGAAAAUGGAAUAGUUAUGCUCAUGCUACCUCACCACACAAGUCUCAAGCUCCAGCCUCUAGACCGAAGCGUAUUUGGGCCAUACAAGACAUAUUACAAUACAGCAUGCGCCGACUGGAUGUGUUGCCACCCUGGAAAACCUAUUUUCAUUUAUGAUGUGGUCGAAAUAUCGGGAAUAGCCUACCCUUUAGCAUUCACACCAAUAAACAUUCAAUCCGGUUUUAGAGUGUCUGGUAUUUGA